GAAGCUCUCCAACGAUUCCACACUUUCCACUUUCACCUCCUUCGCCGCUCCCCGUCGAGCUCUUCGCCGCCGCCUAUUUAUCUCUCUCUCUCUCUAAGUCUCAUUCGCCGCCGUCUCUCUGUCUCGCUCUCUCAUUGCGUCGUUCUUACCUCUCUAGCUCUACUCACUCCGGCGUUGAUAUCUCGCUCUUGUUGCAGUCUCUGCAACUCUCUUUAUCCCUCCAACACAUUUUCAAGAUAGAGAACAAAAACUUCACUGCACAAAAUGGGUGCUUCAGCGUCACAUAUGACAGAUAUUCAUAACCAAACCGAUUCUCGAUUGGAGCUCCGUAAGUGUACUGACUUUGAUAGAGAAGGAUUAACGAGUUCGGUUAUUGUUGUUCAACCUCAUACAAUCGAACCUAUCAAUUCCAGAAGGUUUUUCACUAAUUGGAGCUAUACAUCAACACCCAGGUUCAUCAAAUUUUAUUGCAAUGAAGUUAUGUUUUAUACUGUAAGCCCAGGAAACUUCAGUGCCAACAGAGCAUUCAUUGUCGAAAUGAUUGUCGAAAUGAAUGGUCAGAACAUAACAUUCGCCACCCCGAUUCCACGAACUCCAACUAUCAGGCGUUCCAUAGUGACUAUGCCUGAGAGUAUUCCAGACAGGACAGAGGAACCUCUUCUCAGUGGCGGAUCUGGCCUAAGAUUCCCAUGCUUAUGCUAGGGGUGGUGUGUAUAUCUAUAUAAAUUCUUUAAUACAUAGGGGUUUUGAUAGUCGAAGGAUAUAACAUUUUAGUUUUGUGGAUGGUUGAGUGUUCUUCCUUAACUGCUUUAAAAGAGAACAAUUUGUCUUUAGCUCCUUCUGUUGGGUCUAACGUGAUCAAU